AUGCUGUGGAAAACAAGGAGCAAGACCGAUCCCUACUGCGUACAGGAGCGCUCGGACGGGCUGUCCGGCUCCUCACCAAGACUCUCCCAGCUGUGCUCGCUGAAUCAGAACGCUUACUCAGCGGCUCCACCGCUCUGCCACACUCCGGCCUCAGACUUCCAGCAUCCAUAUUUCCCUCCUCCCUAUCCGCAAGCUUCUUUCUCCUACUCUCAGCCUCAGGACUCCGGUUACCCGCACCUAGCCGACCCGUACCAGUCUAUCACCUCUCUUCAUCAGCACCAGCAGGCCUGGCAUCCCCCACGCAGCCGCAACCAGGAGGAAGCGGGACUCCUGUCACAGUCACAACGCUCUCUGAGCCUCGAACCCCGGCGAGAUUACCAUGGAGUGCCGCGGCUCCUACACGCGCUGGGGGAGGGAGCAGGAGCGGGACCGGGAGCGCUGGCUGAUGCUUCUGCUCUCAGUCUACACAAUCAAACACACCACACAGCCGAGGAACUGCAGGGUAUGGAAGAAGCGUCCUCCUUAAGAAUCUUGGACCAUUCUGUUAUCAAAAAAGUACCUCUCCCAUCAAAGCUGAAUGGUUCUGCUCUGUCUAUCCUGUCUCUUGGGAAGGACAGCCUGGGUCUAAGUGGUGUUUCCAACCCUGCUGAGGUCUUCUGUUCUGUGCCGGGACGCCUGUCCCUCCUCAGCUCUACGUCCAAAUACAAGGUGACAGUAGGGGAAGUACAGAGAAGACUGUCUCCUCCUGAGUGUCUCAAUGCCUCGCUAUUGGGAGGAGUGCUGCGGAGAGCCAAGUCCAAGAAUGGGGGCCGCUGCCUGCGCGAGCGUCUAGAGAAGAUUGGCCUCAACCUCCCUGCUGGCCGCCGCAAGGCAGCUAAUGUCACGCUCCUCACAGCACUAGUGGAAGGUGAGGCAGUCCAUCUGGCACGGGACUUUGGGUAUGUGUGUGAGACAGAAUUUCCAGCAAGGGCUACAGCAGAGUACUUAUGCAGGCAAAGUGAUCCAGAGCAGCUACCCACAAGGAGAAACAUGUUGCUGGCCACCAAGGAGAUCUGCAAGGAGUUUGUUGACUUGAUGUCCCAGGACAGGUCACCUUUGGGUGCAAGUCGGCCUACGCCAUGCCUGGAGCCAGGGGUUCAGGGCAGCCUUACCCACUUUAGCCUGCUCACCCACGGCUUUGGCACGCCGGCCAUCUGUGCUGCCCUCUGCGCCUUCCAGAGUUACCUUCUGGAGGCUCUCAAACUACUGGAUAAAAGCGAGGAAGGAGGCAAAGGACACCAGGAAAAAGAGCUUAAGCACUGCAAAUGA